GAGAGAGAGAGAGGAAGGCAGGGAGUCUCCGCGGCACUCACGUUCCGAGCGGCUUGGAGGAAAGAUUGGAGCCAGCGCUCUUCGCGACCCGGCUAAAAACGAUGGUUUGGGACUCGGUGGCCUUCCGUGCAUCCGGAGCCCCGUUUCUUCCCCCGAGCCCAGCCAUGCUUGGUCGGGCUUUGCUCUUCCUUUUCAGCGGGCUGUGCGCUUGGGGUUUUAAUCUGGACUCCAAGGCGCCGACGGUUUUGAUCGGCCCCCCGGGCAGCUUUUUUGGCUUCUCAGUGGACUUUUACCUCCCGGAAGAACAGAGUGGCAGCAUCCUUGUCGGGGCACCCAAGGCUGAAACAGGCCAGUCAGAAAUUAAGCAAGGAGGUGCGGUUUUCUAUUGUCCCUGGCAUCUUGGCAACAACAGCUGCACGACCAUUGAAUUUGAUAGCAGCCAAGGAUCCCGUUUAGAGGAACUCAAUGGGACGCUAGAGCAAAUGGAAUUUAAAUCUCUCCAAUGGUUUGGAGCCACGGUGCGAUCACACGGCAAAUCCAUCUUGGCCUGUGCCCCCUUGUACAGCUGGCGGACAACUAAAGAUGAACCUCAGCGCGAAGUUGUGGGCACAUGCUACCUGUCAAUCAACAACUUUACUAAAUUUGUGGAAUAUGCUCCUUGCCGUUCAGAUUUGAACUCACCUGCUGGACAAGGCUAUUGUCAAAGUGGUUUCAGUGCUGAAUUCACAAAGGCAGGACGAGUUCUUCUUGGUGGCCCUGGAAGCUACUUCUGGCAAGGCCAAGUGUUCUCAGCAACUCAAGAGGCCAUUGAAGAAUCCUAUGAACCUGAGUUUUUAAACGUUGUGGUUAGAGAAGAGCUCAAGACACAACAGGCUCACAUCAAAGCGGAUGACAGUUACCUGGGCUAUUCUGUGGCUGUAGGUGAAUUCAGCGGAGAUGCCACUGAAGAUUUUGUGGCUGGUGUUCCCAAAGGAAAUCUCACUUAUGGAUACGUAACAGUUCUAAAUGGAAGUGACAUUCGACCAUUAUACAACUUUUCUGGAGAACAGAUGGCUGCCUAUUUUGGGUAUGCUGUGGCUGCCAUGGAUAUCAAUGGUGAUGGACUAGAUGAUUUGCUGAUCGGCGCCCCCUUGUUUAUGGAAAAAACGGAAGAUGGCCGUGUUCAGGAGGUGGGCAGGGUCUAUAUCUACCUGCAAAAGACAUAUGGCAUGGAGCCAGGUGCCUCAGCUGUAUUGACCGGUCACCAAGAGUUUGGCCGCUUUGGCAGUGCUAUAGCCUCAUUGGGAGACCUCAACCAGGAUGGCUACAAUGAUGUGGCCAUCGGAGUGCCAUUUGGUGGCACGGCAAAGCAAGGAAUGGUCUAUGUGUAUAAUGGCCAACAGAACGGGCUGCACCCCAAGCCGUCUCAAGUAUUGCAAGGCUACUGGUCACCUGGUCAAGUCCCCGACUUCUAUGGCUUGGCUUUGCGUGGGGCCAAAGACCUGGAUGGAAACGGUUACCCAGAUCUAAUCGUGGGGGCCUUUGGAGUGGAUAGAGCCAUGGUUUACAGAGUGCAUUGUCUGUCACAGAUUUCUUACAUUGUCUCAUUGCUCCUUUCCCCCCCCCUAUGUGUCAACAGCAUCAACUUGAGCUUCUGUUUAAAUGCAUCUGGAAAGCAUGUUCCUGAUUCCAUUGGAUUCACUGUGGAGCUGCAUCUCGACCACCUCAAACACAAAGGAGCAGUUAAGCGGGCCCUCUUCCUGCACUCCCAGCAAUCCCACCUCAUUCAGACCCUCCAAGUUCGCAACGGAGCCAGUUCGGAGUGCCGCGAGAUGAAGAUUUACCUGAGGAAUGAGUCCGAAUUCCGGGAUAAGCUCUCCCCCAUCCACCUGUCACUGAACUUCUCACUGGAUCCAGAGGCACCAACCGAUGCACAUGGCCUACAGCCCAUCCUUAACUACCACACACGCAACCACAUUGAACAGAAGGCCCAAAUUCAGCUGGACUGCGGAGAGGACAAUGUCUGUGUCCCUGACCUGCAACUUGAUGUCUUUGGGGACCAUACUGUUGCCUAUCUGGGAGACAAGAACACAGUGAACCUUUCAUUCCAUGCAAUGAAUCGUGGAGAAGGUGGUGCCUAUGAAGCUGAACUCCACGUGACAAUCCCACCGGAGGCAGAUUAUAUAGGAGUUCAACGCAACUACGGGAACAUUUCCAGCCAGAGCUGCCGCUAUGACACCGUGAACGACACAAAUAUGGUUAUCUGUGACCUGGGCAAUCCGAUGAAAGCAGGUGUCAGCCUCUGGGGUGGCCUGCGCUUUACCGUGCCUCGUGUCACCGACGCUAAGCCAUCCAUCCAGUUUGAUUUCCAGAUUCACAGCAAGAAUGCCAACAAUUCUCACAGCGAAGUAGAAUCUUUCGUCCUGCGCGUCGAGGCUGCCUUUCACAUUUCAUCCCAUGGAGCAUCCAGGCCAGACUCUGUAUCUCUGCCUGGUUGGGUCCCAGGUAGAUUGGUGAAGCGUGAACAAGAUAUCGGCCCUGGGGUCUGCCAUGUCUAUGAGUUUGUCAAUGAUGGGCCCAGCGCCAUCAGUGAAGGAGUGUUAGACCUCAGUUGUCCUCUCCAAGUGCAAGGACGAGCUGUACUGUACGUCACCCACUACAUGGUGCGGGCAAAUUGUACCUCCAACAGCCCCAUUAAUCCAUUACAUCUGCAGCUGGAGCAACCUCCAACACCUUUUCCUGGGCAGGAACAGCAUUAUGUGCAGAAGCAAGAUGGAGGAUGGAACACAGGCAACAUUGGAAGCACUUUCCCUCUGAAGUGUCAUGAGGAUGAAUGUUUCCAACUUCACUGCCGCAUGGGAGCAUUGCAACGACAGGAAAGUGUCAGCUUACACUUCUAUUUUCGCAUCUCGUCCAAAAGUUUUCAACAGAAGGAGAACUAUCCCCAGACUAUCCAGUGUGAAGCAGUUUACCAUAUGCAAAAGGUGCCCUACAAAAUCCAGCCUCUAGAGCAACCCACUCAUCUGAAGAUGUCAACAUUACUCCAUUGGGCUAAGCCAGAGACUAGCCAGGGUGUUCCUCUAUGGAUCAUCAUCUUAGCCAUCCUGAUUGGACUGCUGCUGUUGGCACUGCUCAUCUAUGUGUUGUACAAGCUGGGCUUUUUCAAACGUUCCCUUCCUUACGGCACAGCCAUGGAGAAAGCUCAGCUGAAACCACAAGCCGCUUCAGAGGCCUAGCAGGUCCACGUCGCCCUCUGUGUAUGUGUGUUGCUGCUGCUGCCGCCCUGCGAAGAGGCACUCGGAUCGCCCCAUCAAGAGCACUGGGGAGGAGGAAGGAUUCCAAUCAACACCAGCAAGGCUUAGAGAAGGGCAGGGCCGCAGAUAUGGGGCCCGCUUGGACGACUGCAGGGUUCGGUGCGCCAAGCACUUCUGCUUUCCCUCUGUGAAAGAGGCUCCAACCUUGACACGAAGCGCCCUCCUUUCCCAGCCAUUCCCGUCCCCUGAGGCUUGGAUCCUAACAACAACAACUUGUGUCCUGAACUGAGGGCUGCAGCAGGCAUUUCGCUUCCAGCCCAAGGGAAUACUUGAAGCCGCUGGAGCGGCAGGUGCUGGCCUGAUUUCAGGCCCCUUGAGUCAAGCUGUCUGUUCCGUCCAUCUGGGGGAAAGGGAUUGUCGUCGUGGACAGUUUUCAAGCUGCCGGGUCUUCUUUAGAUUGACACAGCUUGGCUGAAGGGAAAAAACAAAAACAAAAGGAAAAAAAUAAAAUAAAAAGCACAAUCACCUCCGGAGUCCAGCUCUUUCUCCUCCGUGGGCCAGAAUGGAGGAUCCUGGGCUCUCUCUCUCUCUCCUUUCCCAUCUUCCCCGGUUUGCUUCCUGUGGAGGACGACAUGGGGCAGAGACUUUAGCUGGGAAAGCUGGAUGCUCCCACAAUGCCAAAGAUUUUGCCACAUUAGGAAGCCAAGCCAUCACCCGGUGUCGGCCCGGACUCGCCGACGGUCUUCGCACUGAUCUCCAGAAACCGCUAGAGAUGUUUAUUUUUCAAAUGCCACUUUAAUUAAAAGAAGAAGGAACGAGGAAGCGAGGGACACCUCUUGGUAGCAGAGACAGGGGUUGCUGUUUUAAUUUAAAAUGUCCAAUGUGCAAUAAAUGCUUCCCUAUUUUCUACUUUGUCUACUUACUUAGUAAAUGUUAGCACUAUGCAGUUGGGUGCGAGCUAUAGCAUCUAAAAUUGCUUAUUUCUGUCCAACGGAGUUAGAAUUUUGAUGGUGAACAGUUAGCAGGAG